AUUCCCUUCAUUUUCGCCACUCUAGUCUACACAAACAGCCAGAAUAUCAAAGCUUUCAUAUCUAUCUUACAUUGACCGCUUUUCUUCUUCUGCAAGAAAACAAAAAGGGAUGGGUUUCUUAGAGUUAUUGGAGGUGGCUUCAAUGCCAAUCGUCCAAGUUCUCCUAAUCAGCAUCCUUGGUGCCUUUUUGGCAACCGAUUACUGCUCUCUUCUCUCCGCAGACACCCGAAGAUCCGUAAACAAACUCGUCUUCGUGGUCUUCACCCCCUGCAUCAUGUUUGCCAACCUUGCCCAGACUGUCACAUUGCAGGACAUUAUUUCAUGGUGGUUCAUGCCCAUAAACGUUGGAAUCACCUUUCUAGUAGGAGGCAUUCUUGGAUGGUUGGUGGUCAAGCUGCUAAACCCCAAACCUCAACUUCAUGGUCUUAUCAUCGCUACUUGUGCCUCAGGCAAUAUGGGAAACCUUAUGCUUAUUCUUGUUCCUGCCAUCUGUGACGAGGAAGGCAGCCCUUUUGGGAAUCGGAGUGUGUGCAGAUCCAUUGGACUCUCCUAUGCAUCCUUCUCUAUGGCUCUUGGGGGUUUCUACAUUUGGACCUACAGUUACCAACUGGUGAGAAGCUCUGCUACACAGUUUAAAGCUCUCGCAGCCGCCGGCUUGGUGUCUACUCGGACAUACAUCAACGACUUGCUCCAUCAGAUUCUUGAGGAACUCUUUGCACCACCCACUGUUGGUGCCAUUCUUGGUUUCGUCUUCGGAGCAACCAAUUGGCUGAGGAAUCUUAUAAUCGGGGAGAAUGCUCCGCUGCGAGUCAUCCAAGAUUCAGUGAAACUACUUGGGGAAGGCACGAUUCCUUGCAUCACACUCAUACUGGGGGGAAACCUGAUACAGGGUCUGCGUUCCUCAGCCGUGAAAACGUCGGUGAUCGUGGGAGUGAUCUGUGUGCGCUAUAUAAUCCUUCCCGUGGUGGGGGUCGGGGUGGUCCACUUAGCGGGGAACCUAGGCUAUCUUCCUCCAGACCCUCUCUUCCGAUACGUUCUCAUGCUUCAGUUCACCCUUCCGCCUGCUAUGAAUAUCAGCACGAUGGCACAACUGUUCGACGUGGCUCAAGAUGAGUGCGCUGUCAUCUUCUUGUGGACCUAUCUGGUUGCAUCUUUAGCCCUCACCGUGUGGUCAACCAUAUUCCUCUCCAUCCUCUCGUGAAAAGCAAAUGGAGGAUGCAACCUCUUGGUUUUUUUUUUUCUUAAUUAUUUGUUGAUACUUUCCUC